AGGCCACAGCCUUGGCAGAGUUGCAGGGGAAGUACCAGAAGCUGGCUCAGGAGUACUCGAAGCAUUUUAGGCGAGAAUUAUGAGGAAGUAUACCGUAGCCUCCACCAUGAAGAACAGUUUAAGUUGGCAGAUGGGAGAUGAGUACAGAAAUCAUACAUAACUUGUUUCUUCAUCUGUGAAAUAGAAAUGAUUAUAGAACCUACUCCAGAGAGCUGUGAGAAUUAAAUGGAAAGCACUUAGGAUGAUGCUGGUAUGUAAUGAACAUUCAAAUCUUCGGGCUCAGAACCAGGUCCUGAAAAAGGGUGUUGUGGAUGAACAAGCAAACUCUGCUGCUUUAAAGGAACAACUGAAAAUGAAGGAUCAGUCACUGAGAAAACUACAGCAGGAAAUGGACAGUUUAACAUUUCGAAAUCUGCAGCUUGCCAAGAGGGUAGAACUGCUUCAAGAUGAGCUAGCUCUAAGUGAACCCCGAGGCAAGAAAAACAAGAAAAGUGGAGAGUCUUCUUCUCAGUUGAGUCAAGAGCAGAAGAGUGUCUUUGAUGAAGAUCUGCAAAAGAAGAUAGAGGAGAAUGAACGGUUGCAUAUACAAUUUUUUGAAGCUGACGAGCAGCACAAGCAUGUGGAAGCAGAGCUGAGGAGUCGGCUGGCUACUCUGGAGACAGAAGCAGCCCAGCACCAAGCUGUGGUUGAUGGCCUGACACGGAAGUACAUGGAAACCAUUGAGAAACUGCAGAACGACAAGGCCAAACUUGAAGUAAAAUCUCAGACUUUAGAAAAGGAGGCCAAGGAUUGUCGACUUCGAACAGAAGAAUGCCAAUUACAGUUAAAGAAUCUUCAUGAAGAUUUGUCAGGUAGAUUAGAGGAAUCCUUGUCAAUCAUCAGCGAAAAAGUACCUUUUAAUGAUACAAAAUAUAGUCGGUAUAACGCUCUGAAUGUUCCACUCCACAAUAGAAGACAUCAGCUGAAAAUGCGGGAUAUUGCUGGGCAGGCCCUUGGUUUUGUUCAAGAUCUCGUGACUGCACUUCUGAACUUUCACACCUAUACAGAACAGAGGAUUCAGAUUUUUCCUGUUGAUUCUGCCAUAGAUACUAUAUCUCCAUUAAAUCAGAAGUUCUCACAGUACCUUCAUGAAAAUGCUUCCUAUGUCCGCCCUCUUGAGGAAGGAAUGCUUCAUUUAUUUGAAAGUAUUACUGAGGAUACUGUGACUGUCCUGGAAACAACUGUGAAAUUGAAAACUUUUUCAGAACAUUUAACCUCCUACAUGUGUUUUCUUAGGAAGAUUCUUCCUUAUCAGUUAAAAAGUUUAGAAGAAGAAUGUGAAUCUUCUCUUUGCACAUCUGCAUUAAGAGCCAGGAAUCUAGAGCUGUCCCAAGACAUGAAAAAGAUGACAGCUGUGUUUGAGAAGCUGCAGACUUAUGUUGCUCUUCUUGCCUUGCCAAGUACAGAGCCCGAUGGACUCCUUCGAACAAACUACAGUUCUGUCUUAACAAAUGUUGGUGCUGCUCUGCAUGGAUUUCAUGAUGUCAUGAAAGAUAUUUCCAAGCAUUAUAGUCAGAAAGCAACAAUAGAGCAUGAACUUCCAACAGCAACACAGAAACUAGUAACAACUAAUGACUGUAUCCUAUCAUCAGUAGUGGCAUUAACAAAUGGAGCAGGAAAGAUUGCGUCUUUCUUCAGCAACAAUGUAGACUACUUCAUUGCUUCACUGAGCUACGGCCCUAAGGCAGCAAGUGGAUUCAUUAGUCCUCUUUCAGCAGAAUGCAUGCUGCAGUACAAGAAAAAAGCUGCUGCCUAUAUCAAGGCUUUGAGAAAGCCCCUUCUGGAGUCUGUGCCUUAUGAAGAAGCAUUGGCAAACCGUCGGGUCCUUCUUAGCUCUACUGAAAGUCGAGAAGGCCUUGCACAGCAGGUUCACCAGAGUUUGGAAAAGAUUUCUAAAUUGGAGCAGGAAAAAGAGCAUUGGAUGUUGGAAGCACAGUUAGCCAAAAUCAAGCUAGAGAAAGAAAACCAGCGGAUUGCAGAUAAGCUGAAGAGUACAAGUAGUGGGCAGUUGGCUGGGCUGGCCCAGGAAAGUGCUGCCUCGUUGAAUGCUUCUGGCCAGGAUGAAGCCUCAAGCAAGGCCACUCCGGAGCCCAUUCAGAGCACCAGUCUGAUUGGGAUUUUAACCAGGACAUCCGAUAGUGAGGUUCCAGAUGUGGAAUCUCGUGAAGACUUAAUUAAAAAUCACUACAUGGCAAGGAUAGUAGAACUUACAUCUCAACUGCAGCUGGCUGACAGUAAGUCGGUGCAUUUUUAUGCUGAGUGCCGGGCACUCUCAAAAAGGCUGGCAUUAGCUGAAAAGUCUAAGGAGUCGUUGGCAGAAGAGAUGAAACUUGCCAGUCAGAACAUCAGCAGACUUCAGGAUGAACUGACAACUACCAAGAGGAGUUAUGAGGAUCAGUUAAGUAUGAUGAGUGAUCACCUGUGCAGCAUGAAUGAGACGUUGUCCAAACAGAGAGAGGAGAUCGACACACUAAAGAUGUCCAGUAAGGGAAAUUCUAAAAAGAACAAGAGUCGAUAGCUUUCAAGUAGCUGGUUGGCGACUGUUCUUUACAGAGCUGCUACUGCUGCAUAGAGCUGCAGGGCCAGGGGUGAGACUCCAGUCCAGCGCCGGCGGCCUUCAGGAAGCUGAAAUGUUGUUGGACCUAGUAAACUAGUGGUGUUGUAAAUGGCCUUGAAACAUUUAAAAUAUAUUUGUAGCCAGUAAGACAAAUAAGGAAUUUUAUGUUGACAGUAAAAUGGAAAACAGUACACAUAUACCAUGGAUAUUGUAGGUUUCCUUAUGCUGUUUUUACUGUGUACUUUUUAAGGUUAGGUUUUAAUUUCAGUAUGUAAGAACAACAAAUAUUUUG